UGGUGGCAGCGGGCGGUGGCGGCGGUGGCGGGGCCGCGCGCGCCCCGGGAUGGAGGUCGGGCCCCGCGACGGGCGCGCGGAAAGCAGGAAGGAGCAUUGGAAGCUGCUGGGCAACCUGAAGACCACAGUGGAAGGUUUGGUGUCCACCAGCAACCCAAAUGUCUGGUCCAAGUAUGGUGGCUUGGAACGGCUCUGCAGAGACAUGCACAGCAUCCUCUACCACGGGCUCAUCCAUGAUAAGGUGUGCUGCAGACAGAAGGAUUAUUGGCAGUUUGUGAAGGACAUUUGCUGGCUGAGUCCUGGCUCUGCUCAUCACCUGGAGAAGUUCAUCAGCCUGCAGGAGAGCAGACAGCCUGACCCAGAGGGCCCAGGGGACCAGGCCAUCGCACAGCUGUGGCUGCAGCACAGCUUGCAGUGCCACUGCCUGUCAGUGCAGCUGAGACCACUCCUGGGGAACCGGCAAUACAUCAAGAAAUUCUACUCAGACACUGCCUUCCUGCUCAGUGACGCCCACGUCACAGCCAUGCUGCAGUGCCUGGAGGCUGUUGAGCAGAACAACCCCAGGCUUCUGGCUCAGAUCGACACCUCCAUGCUGGCUGGCACGUCACUACCAUCCCUGUGUGCCUCAGAUCUUCCUGCUGGGACAAGAGAGAUGUGUGACCACAACACUGAAGGAUAUGAGAGCCAUCUGCCUGGGGUGCUGGGCUGCCAGGAUCGUUCCAUUGAGAGCCUGCUUACCAGGAAGAAUGAUGGUCCAGCACUAGUGACCAAGAGCCAGAGCCUGACUGCCCUCCCUGCAUCUCCAUAUGUCACUGCUGCAGGCUGUACACAGCAGCGCUGUUUUGGAUCCUUCUCCAGCCUCCACCAUCUAGCCUGCUCUGGCCUCUCAGACAGGAGACCAGCAAGUUCCUCUGUCAGUUCCAGUGCCAGCCAGCCCCAGGACUGCUGUCCAUCCAGCCAGACCUCCUCCUUCAGUGAGGGCAGGUCCCCUCUGGAGCAGCCUGGCUCUGUCAACCACUUCCACAUUCCUUCACCCAAAGACCCCUUCUCUCCAGCCAGUGAGAUGAGCUCCAGCACCACCAGCCAGAGCGAGGACACUUGGACAGGGAGCCAGGAUGAUCCGCAGAGCGACGCCAACGAUGGCCCAGAGUACCUGGCCAUUGGGAACUUGGGGCGCCGGGGCCGGGCGUGCAGCAGUGCCAGUACCAACAGCACCAAGAGCAGUAGCUCCAAACUCUUCUCCUCCAGCAGCUCCCAGAAGCUGGACUCUGUCUCAUCCCUAGGGGAGCAGGGGGCAAGUGGAGGUGAAGGCAGAGGCCUGAGCUUGUUGCGGCGGUCCAGCUUCUCGGAGGGACAGUCGUCGGCUCCGCAGGGCCUUCCCAGGAAGAGCCACGUGCGCUCACACUCCGACACCAACGUGGCCUCGGGGAAGCUGCACGGAGGCCUCAGGGAUAUCACCAUUAUAAUAGAAGAUCCAGUGGCAGAGUCCCAUGGCGAUCCGGGUGGAGGGAGAGGGCCAGGGUCUGCUUCCAUACAGAGCAGUGAACUGAGCACACCAAGCUCCCUCUACAUGGAGUAUGACUCUGGACAGUAUCUCAGCUCGGGAGAAGGGAUGUUCAGAAGACCCUCAGAAGGGCAGUCCCUCAUCAGCUACCUCUCAGAGCAGGACUUUGGCAGCUGUGCAGACCUGGAGAAGGAGAAUGCCCACUUCAGCAUCUCAGAGUCCCUGAUUGCUGCCAUUGAGCUGAUGAAGUGCAACAUGAUGAGCCGGCAGCUGGAGGAGGAGGAGGAGGACAGUGACAAGGAGAUCCAGGAGCUCAAACAGAAGAUCCGCAUUCGACGCCAGCAGAUCCGUACCAGGCACCUGUUCCCUGCCUGCCAGGAGAUGGGCUCAGACAGUCUUGUGGCAACAGACAGCGAGUCCCAGUUCAGCUCCCACGGCUCCAUGCGGCUCUCUGACUCUGGCUCUGCGGAGGAUGUGGAAGAAUACGAGAUCCGAGAUGGUAACGAUGGAUCUAGCCUGAUUCAAAUGUCCAAGAACGGCCUCUCAGUGUCAAUGGCUUCCUUGUUCUCAGAUGCAGACAUCAAGAGGAACCCAGACUCCAGCAGGAAGUCCUUUUUCUCCUCGGAGUCCAUAUCCCACUCCUUUCUCAAUUCCAACUCGGCGGAGGCUGUGGCCAUGGGCUUGCUGAAGCAGUUUGAGGGCAUGCAGCUCCCAGCUGCCUCUGAAUUGGAAUGGCUGGUCCCUGAGCAUGACGCCCCACAAAAGCUCCUGCCCAUCCCUGACUCUCUGCCCAUCUCUCCUGAUGAUGGAGAGCAUGCUGACAUCUACAAGCUGAGGAUUCGGGUGCGUGGAAACCUGGAGUGGGCCCCACCGCGACCGCAGAUCAUCUUCAACGUUCACCCAGCCCCGACGAGGAAGGUGGCCGUGGCCAAGCAGAAUUACCGAUGUGCAGGCUGUGGCAUCCGAACCGAUCCUGAUUACAUCAAGCGGCUGCGGUACUGCGAGUACCUGGGGAAGUAUUUCUGCCAGUGCUGCCACGAGAACGCGCAGAUGGUCAUUCCCAGCCGCAUCCUGCGCAAGUGGGACUUCAGCAAGUACUGCGUCAGCAACUUCUCCAAAGACCUGCUGAGCAAGAUCUGGAGUGACCCCCUCUUCAACGUGCAGGAUAUUAAUCCUGCCCUCUACAGGAAAGUGAAGUCUCUCAACCAAGUGUGGCUGCUGAGGAUCCAGCUUUUCCACAUGAAGAACAUGUUUAAGACAUGCCGGCUAGCUAAAGAUAUCCUGGACUCCUUCGAUGCAGUGCCUGGCCACUUGACAGAAGAUUUGCACCUCUACUCACUGAGUGACCUCAGUGCCACAAAGAAGGGGGACCUGGUGCCUCGCCUGACAGAGCUCCUGAAGGCAGGCAGCCUGCAUGUCGAGAAAUGCAUGCUGUGCCAAGCCAAAGGCUUCAUCUGUGAGUUCUGCCAGAAUGAGAGCGACAUCAUCUUCCCCUUUGAGCUCAACAAGUGCAGGACAUGCGAAGAGUGCAAAGCCUGCUACCACAAAGCCUGCUUCAGGUCCAGCCACUGUCCCCGCUGUGAGCGGCUGCAGGCCCGGAGGGAGCUGCUGGCCAAGCAGAGCAUGGAGUCCUAUGUCUCGGACUAUGAAGACGAGCUGGAGCAGCCAGAGGUGGUGGCAGCCACAUGAGCAUGUGGCAGCAGAGGAGCAGAUUGUGGCUUUAUGUGUGGCCUUUGUCACCAGAGCCUGAGCCACGCAGACUGGAGAUGAGAACUGUCGAGAGGCCUGGAGUGCUGUCUCAAAGGGAUCUGUUUUCCCCUGCGCAGUAGUGCUGAGCUGGGGAAGGGGCAGCUUCCAUCAUCCAGGUCUGCUCCAGGUACUGCUCGCACUCCCCAGUGCCUUUGGGGAAAAGUGGCUGCUUCUGCCUCUCCUGCAGGCAAAACAGGGGCCUUUUCCAAGCAGUUGUUCAAGCUGGACCAGGCAGGGCUUUGCUGCCUGUUCCCAUUCCCUGCUCCUUGGCAGGGUCCCUUGGGGAGUGGCUGGCACUUUCUGUUCAUCAGCUGGAUACUGAGGAGCUCUUGCCAUGACUGCUUCCUGGAGGUGGAGUUGGCUCUCGAGUCUCCCAUACUCUGUCCUGCUGCUGGGGGUUGUGUACAUGGAGGGAGGGUAGGGGGGUUGGGGUUGAUUGUACAUUUAACAGCUUCCUUUCCCAAAUCUGUCUUGCAACACUACCAGAGAGCAGUUGGUCUCACCCCAGGAGCAGAGGUGGCAGUGGUGGAAAUGCCAGAUUCUGCCUCUCCCUCCCAUGCCAUCCGUGCUGAGCUGCUUUCCUUGCCCUCUGCCUGCAGCCUAGUGCUGCUGGCCUUUUGGCAGAAGGAGAUCCCCUGGCCAGAGGAUGCAGUAAGUGAGGCUUCCAACCCCUCUUCCACCUUGUGCUGCUGGUAAUCCUCUCAUGGGGGAAGAUGUCCUCUUCUAAGGAUGACAUGGGACCUCACUCUGGUGGCAUCAGGAUCCGCCUUGUAUGUGGCUGCUUUCUACCUGAGACCUAUUGGGAUGCAGGUGAAGGCUUAGCCCUCCCACUGCAUACCCCGAGCCUCUGUCUCAGUUUGUCCUUUUAGGCUGAGCUUCUGUGGUUUUAAUCUGCUGGAUUUGAUUUUAUUUUUUUAUUGCAGUUCUUUGUGUUUGUUUUGUUUGUUUGUUUUUUAACUGUGUGUUCCCCUUGCCAAGGAGGUGCUGCUUGAAAUGCCUCUUUAGGGGACAUGUGCUCUGCUUGGGACCUGUAUGAAACCUCCAGGGUUGUCCUGCUCUUGAUUAUUCACCCAUGGAUGGAACAGGCGUUUGCCAGGUGUCCCCUGUCACAGCAGGUCUGCUCCCCUUGGGGGAGGGUUCUCUGAGCCAGGCAAAGCAUUGAUGCUUCCUGGCUGUGGUGCAGUGGGUGGCGAGACAGCUUGCUUGCAAUAAGGGAGUGAGAGAAGGGUUUGGCACUGGGGUUGGUCCAGCACAGAGCUGCCUGCCACAACCAGGUCCACAGGGUCAGACCUGGCAGCACAAAGUGAGCUUUGUGCCCUAGGGCUAGUGGUCUGUGAAGGAGGUGCCUCUGUGUCACCAGGGGAUACUUUAGCCCAUGGCACAGGUGAGUGUUCAGCAACACCUUAGCAUGAGUGGGAUGUGGGGUGGCAGUGGGGCGUUGGGAAGGAGGAUGUGGCCUGCGUAAGUGCGAGAGGGACCCGGGAGCAGAAGGCCAGCUAGGGGCAAUGGCUCUUGCAGCACGCUCUGGCUUGAGGCUGGGAUGUGACCCCUCAUGGGCCAUCCUUGUGAGGCUGGCAGGGUUGAGGUGGGGGAGAGGCUGGGAGCAUUAGAGGUGGCUGCAGGCCUCACUGAUGGGGGCCAGGAUGGUGCUCUGCAGCAUCUCUUGCCUGCUCUGCAGCAUCCUGACAAACCCAGGUCCAGCCUAGGAAAUGGGAUUUAACUUCCCUCGCACUCCCCUGGGGUUUUUGCUUCCUCUUGUCUUGCUUCUCCUUCUUUUUCCCCAGGAUAGCAGCUGCUCUCCUGCUUGCUAUCUGCCUGCAAGCUCUGGGGCAGCCAGAUGCUGGUCCACCUUGGUCUUGCCACUCCCUAACCCCAAGCCAAGCCCUCCCACUGCGGCCCAGAGCUGCCACCUGCUUCCCUGGAGCUGUCUCCCCAUCACACCUCCAUCCACCCUGUUUUGUUUGAAGCACUUUAAUGUCAUGGGACAGCAUCUGAGAGGCUGCUCAUGUCCCUUUCUAGAAGCACUGAGUACAGAGAAGAGGGAAGGGAUUUUGGCUCAUUUGUGGUUUCCGUCCUUUGCUGUGGACUUUGUCUGGAAGCAGCAGGACCUGCAAACCCAGCAGAGAUCUCCAGGGCAGGGUUCUGCCCAGCACUGACCACUUCAAGGAACACUGGAACUAGCUAAGGCAGUGAGCUCUUUGCAAGGGAGAGCAAGGGGCUGCCCUGGCCACCCCCUGGAGCCCUCCCCACGGGACUGUUGCUCAGCGUAGCAACAAAAAUGCCGUCCCUAAUAAACUGACUUAAUGAGGGGC